AUGUCAGAACCAGCAGUAAUUGGGCGUGGAGUAAGACAAGGCUGCCUGCUUUCGCCGUUAUUAUUUUUAAUCUACGCUGAAAUGAUGAUGAUAGAAGCGAUGGACGAUGUCAGUGCAGGAAUCAAAGUUGAAGGUGAACUACUGAAAGACGUAAGGUUUGCAGACGACCAACCAAUGGUAGCCAGCUCAGAAGAAGAUUUGCAGAAGUUGAUGGACUCACUUGUUAAAUCUAAAGAGAAGUUUGACAUGAAGAUUAAUGUUAAGAAGACGAAGACGAUGGUAAUUUCAAGACAAGGUGGUAAAUUGGUUAACAUUAUUAUUAAUGGACGAACAGUAGAGCAGGUGACAAAAUUCAGAUAUCUGGGAGCCUUAAUUACUGGAGAUGGAAGAUGUGCUGCUGAGAUAAGAGCAAGGAUUGCAAUGGCAAAAGAUGCUUUCAAUAAACGUAGAGAACUACUCACGCGAAGAAUGGACAGAAAGUUGAAGAAAAAGAUUAUUAAAGCGGUGGUGUGGAGUGUAGUACUUUAUGGCUCUGAGGCUUGGACGAUAAUGUCAAACGAGAUGAACCGAUUGCAAGCUUUUGAGAUGUGGAUAUGGAGAAAAAUGAAAAAGAUAAAUUGGAAAGAUAAGAGAACGAAUGAUCAAAUUCUGGUACAGGUGGGAGAAAAGAGAAAAUUGCUAGGAGUGAUAAAAAGAAGAAAGAUAAUGUGGAUUGGUCACAUUCUAAGAGGAAAUGGUCUUUUAUUGGAUGUAAUAGAAGGUAGAAUCGAAGGAAAGCGGCCACAAGGAAGAAAAAGAAAAAUGAUGCUUGAUGAUUUGAAAGAAGGAGAUGUAAAUGCCUACAAAGUGAUGAAAGAAUACGCUCAAGAUCGAUUAUAUUGGAGAAAUUAUAUGCCUGAAACCUGCCGCACAGUGGGCAACCAGCCGGACAUAAAACGAAAGUGUUAUUUUUCAAAGUUUAAGCAUUGGAAUAAUUACUUCUGUCUCUGAUCUAUCUUGUCCUGAAAUAGC